CUGCAAACUGAUUCACGUGUAGGAACGUGCACACCUGGUUAAGUGAUACAGUAGGACACACCUAGCACCUGCACCUUUCUCAGGCUCGUUCUUCGAUAACAACCGCUGUAUCACAAUAUUUGAAAACCUGCACUUACUCAGGUGUUCAUCAAAGACUAUGUACGAUGAUCGUUGUCAACUUUGUCUUGUUGAUUUUUCUGUGUGGUUCGGUUUGGAUGAAAAAGUGUCUCCCAGCGGAAGAAAUUUUCCCUUGUGUCUGUCAAGAAGAACCAAAUGAAGAAAACUUGUCAAACAUCUUACUUAAGUGUUUCCAAAUUUCGGACGAACAGGUGUUGGAAGAAGUUAUCGGAAAAUUUCGAGGAUUAAGCAUAUACGAAUUGAAGAUCGAGAAAUCAUCUUUACCAUACCUUCCCCAUGGUUUAUUAUCCAACAUCAGUCUUUCAAAAUUUAUUCUUUCCGAAACAACCCUCCCCGCUCUUAUCCCGCCCAUUCCUGGGCCUUCCCCUUUCCAAGGUCUCGAUAAAGUAUUAAAUUUAUUUCAAGUAUCCCAAUGUGUAGGUCUGAACGGAUGGGAAUUGGGGGCAUUAGGUAACCUACAAAACUUGGAGUCCUUCAUUGUAAAGGAUAGUGACCUUCAUUUUGUUACCGACAAAUUUAACCAGUUUCUGACGAAGAAGAUGAUAUUUUUCACCAUCAGCAACAACAAGAUAAAAUAUAUAGAUGACAAAGCCUUUACGAACUUGAUGGGAAUAGAGAUUUUUGAUAUUUCAGGAAAUGGUAUCUCUGAGCUCAAACGCUCAAUGUUUCCUAGACCCGCUUCGAAACUGAAUUUCCUUAACUUGGCAGUGAAUAACUUACAGAUGCUUCCAGAAGAUUUUUUUGAAGAUAUGCCUUCUUUGAAGUUCCUGCUAUUACAAGAGAACAAGCUGCAAACAUUACCUUCUGAGCCAUUUAAGAUACUGUUCGAGAACUAUGGCAAUUUUUUCUUUUCCGGAAAUCCAAUAGUCUGUGACUGCCGACUUCGAUGGAUCACCAUGAUGGUUCCAAGGCCAAAAAUCAACAUGAAAUGCGCCUGGCCUCCUGAUCUGAUGGACGUGUCUUUCAACGAAAUUGAAACACAACAACUCGUCUGUCGCCUCUAGUUGUUGUCACACAGAAGACUCAUCCUAUGGCUCUUGUUUUGAGUUUGAUGUAUUUAUGGUCACAUAUUUCCGUCACCCUGAAAUCGAUAAGAGCACAUGACCGCCCAAAUAUUUCUAUUAAUCAUUUAAGCAUUUUAAAUUUUGAAUAUUUUCAUCUAGACUUCAAUGUAUGCUAAAAGGUGGGGUAUUUUUUUCUAAAUCCUGCAAUAGAUUCAAGCUAUUGCGAAUAAAUAUGAAAAUUUCUCUGUA